GAUGCAUGACGGGAUAGGACGGGAGCGCGAGAAUGGAGAGCAAUGGCUUGUGGGAUGUGGCGCGUAGGCUCUCUAGGCGGGGGCGUUCGCCCGCGCGCGUUCUCCAAUUUCCGCGUCAGAGGACUGCAGAGCGGGAACGUUGCUCUGCGUAGAAGCGCCCAAUGCCUGGAGGCUGCAGCUCUUCCCGCUCUGUCCCUUGUGCCUCCCCAGGGUGUAGUGAACGAAUCGGAAUCCGUGGAAGGUAUUUUUAUUUUGGUCCAGUUUCAAUACUAGAAAUGAGCCAGGCUGGAAAUGAAAAUGCCGGAAGAAGCAGAGUAUUGUAAGAUUGGCUGGACUAGAAGACCUCUGGACUUUCUUAGGAGACGAGGAAGCUGGCAUUAAUGUUGUUAGAGGCUGAGGCAAGAAAACACUUUGGGAUGGAGGCAGAGUUUCUGUCGGACAGGUUUACCAUUGCAGGCUAACACUAAAACCAUGGUCUCUGCCUGGUAGAGUUUACCUGGAGUUUGCAGGGCUUGCUGGCAACCAGCCUUUCACUCUGCUAGUGGGGCAGCUCCUCUCAACAUGGCCAUCAUGGAACAUGGGCUACACCUCUUCCGCAGCGCUGUUGACACCGUCCUUCCGGGUCCCAUGUUGAAGAAGGCCCUGGUACUGGAGACAGGCAGACACCCCAGGCUUGUGGUCCACGGUCUGCCUUUUGAUCUGAGGAGGAACUUGUAUCUGGUUGGCUUCGGGAAGGCUGUUCUGGGCAUGGCAGCGGUGGCAGAAAGCAUAGUUGGUAACCACCUUGCUAGAGGAAUACUUAGUGUUCCUCAAGGCAUUCAGGCAACUCUGCAGGAGAAAGGAAUGAGGGAGAUGUUGCUGAAGCCCCAGAGUCGCAUUCAGGUCAUGGAAGGAGCGAAGCACAACCUUCCCGACAGAGAAUCUCUGAAAGCAGCUAGCGCCAUCCGGGAACUGGCUGAGGGCCUGACAGCAGAGGACCUUCUUCUAGUGUUGAUCUCAGGAGGGGGGUCUGCACUUUUGCCUGCACCGGCCCCACCAGUCACCCUUGAAGAAAAGGAGACUGUUACCAAGCUCCUAGCUUCAAAAGGAGCCACUAUUCAGGAGCUUAACACCAUUCGGAAAUCACUGUCUGUGUUAAAAGGUGGAGGGCUGGCACGGGCUGCCUUCCCAGCGCAGGUGGUGAGCCUCAUCCUCUCUGAUAUCAUUGGGGAUCCUGUGGACCUCAUAGCCAGCGGCCCCACCGUCAUCAGUCCUCCCAACAUCCAGGACUGUUUCCAGAUACUGGCCAAGUAUGAUCUGAUUAACGUCAUGCCGGAAUCAGUGCAUACAGUACUCUCUCACCUGGCCACAGAGCAUGUCCCUCCCACAGACUCUGUCCAUGUCCACAAUGUCAUCAUUGGCUCCAACAGACUUGCUUUAGAGGAAGCCAAGCGCCAAGCAGAGAAUCUGGGCUACCUGACUCUGGUUCUGAGUGACGCAGUGUGUGGGGAGGUCAGCACUGUUGCCUGCCUCUACAGUCUGUUCAUUCAGCUCGUUUGCUUGAGAGCCACUGGAAAUGACCUUUUAAAGGGCAAGGUGGGAGAAGCUCUCUCAAAUCUUGCAAAAGAGCUAGAGAUUCCAGGCUUGAAUCUGGUGGAUACUUUAAAUAUUUUGCAAGGAUCCCAAGCAGAAAUACCUGUUUGCCUUCUGGCUGGUGGGGAGACCACAGUGCAGCUGGCAGGAAGUGGGAAAGGUGGGAGGAACCAAGAACUGGCCCUGCGAGUGGCCCUGGAGCUGCACAGGGCAAAGUCAUCUGGGCACGGCAGCUCCCUUGACAAGUACCAAGCUCUGUUCCUGAGCGGCGCCACUGAUGGACAAGACGGGCCGACGGAGGCAGCUGGAGCUUUCUCUAGCCAGGAGCUGGUGGGCGAGGCUGAGCAGGCUGGUUUCAAUGUGGAGGCUUUUUUGAUAAAUAACGACUCGUACACCUUCUUCAGCAGCUUCCAAAGCGGGAGUCACCUUCUGCUGACAGGCCUGACAGGCACAAACGUCAUGGACAUUCACACUGUCUUAAUCAGAGCCAAAGGUGGUUAGUGAUGGUAGCCGAGAACUAAGAGGAGGGAGGAGAAUCAAAAUUACGACUGCACACAAUAAGGAAUGCUACCCUCCAGACUGGUAACAUCAAGGACUUAAAGGAAGGCUUCCUAAUUAGCAGAUGUUCCAUUCUCUCUAAUUUGACUGAGACAAAAGGUAACUCCAGCAAAAGCAUCCUGGAUGUCAGGGCUGCUGAAUCACCUCCCUGCCUUAGUACCAAAAUGCAUGUUAGAGUAGCAGAAAUGGCUGUAAUUUUAAGCAUAUCCUGACCUGCUAGCUUGGUAAGAAUGGGAUCACACUGUAAUAUUUAAAAGCUGUAGCACUUCAGAGAUGAGCAUGUUCAUUGGGACAUGAGCUUUCCUAGGCAAGAGCCUGCUUCAGCAGAUGUGAGAAUUCAGAGGUCACCUGAAUUCAUCUGUACCUGCUGCGGGACUUCAGGGUUUUACUGCCACCCAUCAAGCAGAUAUGUUUUCAAUGGGACUCUUUGUGUUUCCAUCCAAGAUUUGGCUUGUUGCUCUUUCUAUCCAUAAGGGCAACAAAGGCACUCUGGUCAUACCAGAAAAACAACUUUCCUUUAAGGUGUUCACUCCUCUGCUCCUGUCCAGUUAACGUGUACUGAGGAAAAAAAUUGUGGCUUGUGGAGUCAGAAGCAUUCAGACCUCUUUUCACAUCUGUUUGUCAAACAAGGAUGAUUGCAGUAGCAAAUGUUCAACUUUUGAUCCUGCAGGGCACAAUCCAGGAUUCUUCCCACCCCAAGAAAGAAAUCUGAGAAAUCCAGUUGCUAGAAAAAGGUAAUAAAAAUGAAGUCAGAAUUACCUUACUGGCUGCAUUGGGCCUGUUUGAAAGUGUGGAAAAUGUGUAAGCUUGCUUUGGAUGUUAAUUUUGGUUUUCUUUUUGAAUAUAUGUUGAUGGUGCCAUAUUGUAAUAUAAUCCAUAUAAUAAUAUAAUAACAGGAUCAGCUUGUCUUUGGAUCCCUGUGGGAACUAUAUAAAUUUACAUCUGUUUAAAUCUAUUGUAAGCCAAACCCCUCCAGACACUCACAGCUAAGUGUUAAUCAUUCUCUGUUGGAAAAAACUGCUUUCUGUCUUCCUCCUCACAAUGACUCAUAGGUAAACUUUUGUCCAAUAUUAAAUGUAAAAGCAAAAUUUCCUGAUUUGUUGUAAAUCACAUGACCUUGUGAGAUCAUUAUACUCCAGGAAAACAUAUAGCCGUGGCUUCCUUUUUUUGUCCACACUUUUUGCACAUUUGAGCCCCUCUGGCAGUGAGUAAAAAUCUUCUGCAACUGAAAAAAA